AUGACGAGCGUCCCACCGCCGCUGAAAUCUUCCGCGGAUACAUUCAACAGAGACAUCGAGAGCCAAUCCAUUCGCCCGUCGCUUAGCUCAUCCGACGAUAUCGACAUCGCACGGGAUAGUAGUGAUCACGAUGAUGAGGAGAUGGGAGGAGGGGAAAUGGAGAAGAAACUGACGCUGACUGAGAGGGGCCAGGCGGAUCCGUAUCCGGAUGGGAUUAAUGCUGAGAGGAAUGCAGUUUGGGAGAGUACGGGGGCGGGUGCGGGUGAGGGUGCAGAGAAAGGAGGGCCAGUUACGAGAAUGAGCACGAAGAGUAGUUGGAAAGAUCCAGGGCCACCGCCUGAUGGUGGUUUGGUCGGAUGGACGCAAGCUGCCCUCAACCAUCUGGUUAUUAUGAAUACCUGGGGGUUCAUCAAUUCCUUUGGCGUCUUCCAGACUUACUAUGUCACUGCUUUGAAGCGCCCACCUAGUGAUAUCUCCUGGGUAGGGAGCAUGCAGAUUUUCUUCUUGUUCUUCAUCGGGACGUUCUCAGGCCGCCUCACAGACGCAGGAUAUUUCCGUCCCAUCUUCAUGCUUGGGUCAUUUCUAGGCGUCUUCGGCAUCUUCAUGGCGUCACUGUCCACGACUUACUGGCAGCUGUUCCUCGCGCAGGGCGUGUGUAUGGGUCUUGGGAAUGGGUGUCUCUUCUGUCCGGCCAUGUCGCUUCUUUCGACGUACUUUAGCAAGAAGAGGGGAUUGGCACUUGGGAUUGGUGCGGCGGGUAGUGCCACUGGUGGUAUGAUUUAUCCGGCCAUGGUCCAGCAGCUGCUUCCUCGAGUGGGCUUUGCGUGGACGAUGAGAUCCUUGGGAUUCAUCCAGCUCGCGUGUCUGAUUGUUUGCAACAUUGGCAUCAAACCACGUAUGCCGCCUCGAAGGACCGGUGCUUUGCUUGACUGGAAGAGCUUCAAAGAGUUGCCCUAUGUGUUGUUCGCUAUCGGGAUGUUCUUCGUUUUCUGGGGCGUGUAUUUCGCGUUCUUUUAUAUCGGCUCGUUCGCACGAUCGAUAAUCGGUCUCCCGUACAAGGAAUCCGUCAACCUGUUGAUUGUGAUGAAUGGUCUAGGUGCAUUCGGUCGCAUCAUCCCUGGCUAUGUCGCGGAUCGAUACUGCGGGCCAAUCAACACUCUGACUCUGGCCGUCUUCCUGACAUCGACAUUGGUGUUUUGUUGGAUUGCUGUCGACUCACGAGGAGGACUGUAUGGCUGGGCAGUGGUUUAUGGGGUCACUGGAGCUGCGAUCCAGAGCUUGUUUCCGGUAGCAUUGAGUAGCCUGACGACAAACUUGCAAAUGGCGGGUACGAGGAUGGGUAUGGUUUUCACGAUUGUGAGUUUCGCGGUGCUGACUGGACCGCCUAUUGCUGGACAGUUGAUCCAGAAGAAGAAUGGAGAGUUUCAGUAUGCUCAAUUAUUUGCUGGCUCUGUCAUGCUUGUUGGAGGAGGGCUGUUGACCUCCGCCAGACUUGCAAAAAAUAGAAAGUUGAAAUCGAAGAUAUGA